GGGUAUUCUGGUGGGGACUUGCCUGUGUGGCUCAGACAAGAAAGAUGUGUUAAUGUUUCACAAGCGUGUGUGUCCCUAGAUACAACGCAAUAUUGGCUCUGUGGAAAUUUUACAAGGAUGCUGUGUGGGUUACUGGAUCGCUGCACAUUCCCAUCAUCAUCAUCAUCAUCAUCAUCAUCACUAGAACCAGUGGCCUGUGACAGUGAAAAUAUCUGACUCUCUCAAGCAGAGCAAGUUCCUCCUCAUAUUUUAUUAAGACUUAGUCACAUGAUUUAGCGCUUCUCCACGUAAUUCAGAAUAAAAACGUUUCUUGUGACGUCAUUAAUCAACUGCAAUAAUUUAUUUUCUUUGGCGCGCUGACUCAGUACAUGCCCGUCCCUCUUCCUGACUGUGCUAUAAAACAAGGUCUGAGUGGGGAUGGUAGACAGAGCGGAAAAGUCUGGAUCUCGACCAAAACUUUGCACAAUGGAGCUUUGCGCAUUUGCUCUGUUUACAAUAAUUUCCUCGUUUUACGGCGUUUUGGCGCUGCCACCUAAAGGCGUGUGCCUUCUUCAAGUGGAUGAGGGACCUUGCAGAGGUAAUAUUCAGCGGUAUUACUACAACACUAUCACCCAGAGGUGCGAGGAUUUCGAAUAUGGAGGCUGCCAAGGGAAUGCCAAUAACUUCAAGAGUUAUCAGGAGUGCCACAAGACAUGCUACAAAAUUCCCAAGGUUCCCCCAAUCUGCAGAUUUCCUAAAGAAGAGGGACCCUGCCGGGCUCUCGUCUCCCGCUACUUCUUCAACAUGACCACCAUGCAGUGUGAGCCAUUUAAUUACGGUGGCUGCUACGGGAAUUCCAACCGCUUCCUUAAUCUAGCCUCUUGCAUGGAGUACUGCAGUCCAAAAAAAGCAAUCCCCGUGCUCUGCCGGGAGCCUCUGGACAAAGGGAAGUGCUCAGCCACCAUACCUCGCUAUUACUAUAACACAGCCACCAAGACGUGUGAGGAGUUUGUCUACUCAGGCUGCGGUGGGAGCAACAACAACUUUGUCUCGCAGCAAGCCUGCAUGGACGUGUGCGCAAAAGGAUGGAAAAAGCAUCCAGGCCAAGGAAAAAUUCUGCGAAUGAGAAAAAAUAGAAAACUCGUCACUUCCUUGCAGGCGUAAAUGUUUGACACUUGUACUAAGGAAUUCUCUCUUGGAGAAUUUCCACAUGGAAGCUAAUGUGUGUUUGUUUAUGCUGAAAUAUCGACCAGGCUGCCUAUGCCCUUGUGUGACAUAUUUUGACCACAUUUGUAAUGUCAUUAGAGCAUUUUUCUGAAUUUUUUAUUGACUGUAUGCUGUCAGUAAAGUUCAAGAGGAUGGAUUGCUGCUGAUGAUGCUGUUGAUUCAUGUCCAACAUUCCUGAUUAUGUAUUUUAAUACCGUAUGAAUGUAAUGUAUGCUUUUCUUUUGUUCAGUUACAUUUUUUUACAUGAAAAAUCCUGAAUUUGUUCAGGAAUUCUGCCUUUUCUGUAUUUUGAUAACACUGUGUUAAGCAAAUUACUG